GCUGCUGCUACAGGGGCUAUACACUGAAAGCCAUAKAAAAGAGGGAAACACAGUGGCUUAGCACCAGCUAGCUCCCUCUUAGAUAAGAGGCUGGACACCAGUGAUGUCACUACUGUAAUCUCAUGCAGGAUUGGUGGAUAAAUGGCUGAAUCAACAGAGGCAGCGAGUGGUGCGUUUGUAAGUCGCUUCCUGGCAUGUUGAGAGGGUAGAUUGCUUAGCCGCGUGUGUGCCUGUCCCGGCAGCAGAGGCACGCUGGUGCUACGGAGCUCAGCUCGGCUCAGCCUCCUCUCUUCGGCUCAGCAGCACUCUUAACUACAAGAGGAAAGGUCAUGCAUUCUGCUGGAGGCUUGGAUCCCAACAGUCGCUUUUAUUCUUUAAAGAGAAAUGAUGAAGAGGCUGUGGUGGACAGAGGUGGAACCCGGUCCAUGCUGAAAACCAACUUUGAAAAGGAGGAACUCGAAGGUCACAGGACACUCUACAUCGGGGUACAUGUCCCCCUGGGAAGGAAGAGCCAUCGGAGGCAUCGGCAUCAUGGACAUAGACACAGGAAGAGGAGCAGGGAGCGGGACUCUGGAGUGGAGGACGGAAGAGAGUCUCCCACAUACAACACGCCAUCCCAGAGAGUGCAGUUCCUCCUGGGCACAGAGGAUGACGAUGAGGAGCACAUCCCCCAUGACCUCUUCACUGAGCUGGACGAGAUCUGCCUGAAAGACGGAGAGGAAGCAGAGUGGAGGGAAACCGCCAGGUGGCUGAAGUUUGAGGAGGAUGUGGAGGAUGGAGGGGAGCGCUGGAGUAAGCCCUACGUGGCCACGCUGUCCCUGCACAGCCUGUUCGAGCUGCGCAGCUGCAUCCUCAAUGGCGUCGUGCUGCUUGACAUGAGGGCCAACUCCGUGGAGGAGGUAGCAGACAUGGUGUUGGACCAGCAGGAGACCACAGGUCCACUGGGGGAAGAGGUGAGGAGGAAGGUGAGAGAGGCCCUCCUCAAAACGCACCAUCACCAGAACCAGAAGAAGUUGGCCAACCGCAUCCCCAUUGUCCGCUCCUUCGCUGACAUUGGCAAGAAGCAGUCCGAGCCCCACUCCAUGGACAAGAACGGUCAGGCGAUUUCUCCCCAGACCUCUCUGCCCGUCCCCAAUGAUGGCAAAGCUGAAGUGAGCAGAGAGAACAGCGCUGUGGACUUCAGUAAGAUAGACCUCCAUUUCAUGAAGAAGAUUCCGCCGGGAGCGGAAGCGUCCAACGUGUUGGUGGGCGAGGCGGAGUUCCUAGACAAGCCUGUGGUGGCGUUUGUACGCCUCUCACCUGCGGUCAUGCUCAACGGGCUGGCUGAGGUCCCCAUCGUUACCAGGUUCUUGUUCAUUCUGCUGGGGCCUCUUGGGAAAGGGCCACAGUACCAUGAGAUUGGCCGGUCCAUUGCAACUCUCAUGACAGACGAGGUUUUCCAUGAUGUCGCCUACAAAGCAAAGGACCGCAAUGAUCUGAUUGCUGGAAUCGAUGAGUUCCUUGACCAAGUGACUGUCCUGCCACCGGGGGAGUGGGAUCCCUCUAUAAGAAUAGAGCCACCAAAAAACGUACCGUCUCAAGAGAAGAGGAGGAGUGCAGCACAGUGCGGCACAGACCCAGGGGAUGAAGAGGAGGAGGACGAGGGACAUGGGGGUCCGGAGCUGCAGCGGACAGGACGAUUCUGUGGUGGUCUCCUGUUGGACAUCAAACGCAAGGCGCCACACUACCUGUCUGACUACACAGACGCUGUCAGCCUGCAGUGCUUGGCCUCCUUUCUCUUCCUGUACUGUGCAUGCAUGUCGCCUGUCAUCACGUUCGGGGGCCUACUAGGAGAGGCAACAGAAGGACGCAUAAGUGCAAUCGAAUCGCUUUUUGGCGCCUCAAUGACGGGAAUAGCCUAUUCCCUGUUUGCUGGCCAGCCACUCACCAUUUUGGGCAGCACAGGGCCUGUACUGGUGUUUGAGAAGAUAUUGUACAAAUUCUGCAAGGAGUAUGGYUUAUCCUACCUCUCACUGAGAACCUGUAUAGGGCUGUGGACAGCGUUCCUCUGCCUGGUCCUAGUGGCCACAGACGCCAGCUCCCUGGUCUGUUACAUCACACGCUUCACAGAGGAGGCCUUCGCCUCGCUCAUCUGCAUCAUCUUCAUCUACGAGGCCUUGGAGAAGCUCAUCCACCUGGGGGAACACUACCCCAUCAACAUGAARAACAACCUGGACAAACUCACACAGUACUCGUGUUCAUGUGUUGAACCUCCGGAUCCAAGCAAUGCCACCGUACGGUACUGGGAGCAGAACAACAUCACUGCUUCUGAGGUGUACUGGGAGGCACUCGAGGUUAAGGACUGCAUGGAGAAAAGAGGAGAGUUUGUGGGCAGUGCCUGUGGCCCUCACGGACCCUAUAUUCCAGAUGUUCUCUUCUGGUCCGUGGUUCUCUUCUUCUCCACUGUCUUCAUGUCAGCUUUCCURAAAGAGUUCAAGUUCAGCCGUUACUUCCCCACCAAGUUGAGAGCUGUCAUCAGUGARUUUGCUGUGUUCAUCACCAUCUUUACCAUGGUKCUGGUGGACUACGCCUUAGGGGUCCCAUCUCCAAAACUAAAAGUCCCCAGUGUGUUCAAGCCGACUAGAGAUGACCGUGGUUGGUUGAUCAGCCCGUUAGGCGGCAACCCUUGGUGGACCACCAUCGUAACAGUGAUCCCUGCUCUGCUCUGCACUAUCCUCAUCUUCAUGGACCAACAGAUCACCGCUGUCAUCAUCAACAGGAAGGAGCACAAACUAAAGAAAGGCUGUGGGUACCAUUUGGACUUGUUUGUYGUGGGUGUCAUGCUGGGGGUAUGUUCCAUCAUGGGUUUGCCCUGGUUCGUGGCUGCCACCGUGCUCUCCAUCUCCCACGUCAACAGUCUGAAGCUGGAGUCGGAGUGCUCGGCCCCCGGGGAACAACCCAAGUUCCUGGGAAUCCGCGAGCAGCGCUUCACUGGCCUCAUGAUCUUCCUACUCAUGGGCUGCUCGGUGUUCAUGACCUCUGUGCUCCAGUACAUUCCCAUGCCUGUGUUGUAUGGAGUAUUCCUGUACAUGGGAGCAUCUUCGCUCAGAGGAAUACAGUUAUUUGACCGUCUGAAGCUGUUUGGCAUGCCAGCCAAGCACCAGCCUGACUUCAUCUACCUGAGACACGUUCCCCUGAGGAAGGUCCAUCUCUUCACCAUCAUCCAACUCAGCUGCCUGGUCAUGCUCUGGGUCAUCAAGACCUCCAAUUAUGCCAUCGUCUUCCCCAUGAUGGUGUUGGCUCUGGUGUUCAUUAGGAAACUGAUGGAUUGCUUCUUCACCAAGAGAGAGAUGAGCUGGCUGGAUGAUCUAAUGCCAGAGAGUAAGAAGAAGAAACUGGAGGAUGCUGAAGAAGAGGAGGAGGAGCAAAGUAUUUUGGGAGAGGAAGAUGGAGUAGUGCAAGUGCCGUUAGAAGGAUAUCAAAAGAGUGAAUCCGCACUCAACAUCACUGAUGAAAUGUCCAAAGGCUCUUUUGGAAACACGUGGAAUGUCAACUCUGACAACUCUAAAAAAGAGCUAGACUCAAAAAGUUCCCUUAUAUCCUCAUAGAUGCUGAAUCCCCCAAAGCUUAUCCAAGAACAGUGGAAGGAAACAAAAGAAAAGAAGAAAGAUGCAGAAGGGCUGCUUCGACAGGGAGUCAAGUUUAUGACGUUUCCCCUUUCACUGUGUUUUAAACAAAUCAAUAUUGUGUGCCACAGUUUACCAUUCCUUUAUGUUUUGUCUUGUAAAUCUUUGUGUGUUCAAAAGCUUAAUACAGUAUUUUUUAGUUGACGUGUCCAAAACUGCUUCUUUGUGAGGCAACCUAAAGACAUUUAUUUAUUGUAUGUAUUUUGUAUGUUUUUGUAUUUUUUCCAGUAUCAUAAUAUUACAGUUGUUUGAAAUUGAUAAAUUAUCCAACUAGAUAAAUAAUCAAUUUAAAAGUUUGUGCAAUACUGCAGUUAAAGACUAUGAAAGCAAGUAUAUAUAUAUAUAUAAUUGAUGAAUUCAUCUAGGCAAAGUCAAAAUGUACUUUAUGCAUGAAGUUUUAUUUAAUGAAGUAUUAUAAAAUAUACUGCAUCUGCUUGAAUUUCAAAACGCUAUAAAUGCGAAGAAAAUCUACAGUAUCUGUGUUUGAGCAUUCGCAUCAUGAUUUCAGCUUUUUGCAAUUGUCUUUAAGCUUUGAAUAUUGUUAAAAUGUAUUACUACCAGUUAGGAGAUUAGUUGAAAAUAGCUUUUUUAUAUUAUUUAUGGUUGGCAACAUGUUCUUGUACAAAGAGCAAGCAUUGCAUUGAGCGUUUGAAUAGUAAAAAGCCUGACUUAAGUUGUAGAAUACUGUUAUGCAUAUCAAUAGAUAGUAUUGAAACAAUGUUAAAGAAGAAAAUAAAAUCCUGGCUUUAGUUUAAAUCAAAAUAUUUGUUUUCAUAGUCAUACUGCCAAAGUUGAAAUAGUUGCAGUUAUUGCAGUAUAUCAAUAUUUUUCAAGCUGCAAAGUACAUGCUUGUGUUUCAUUUUAUGUUUGUUGUUUGUCAUGGGCCAUCGUGUGUGCCCAGGAAUGAUUGUCCAUUCAAUAACUAAAUAUGAAGCUCAACUAAUACUUGAAGGUGUCUACUAAAGGGCGACAUACAUGGCUAUAGAAACAAUUGCAAUAGCACUUUUUCUAGAAGGGGAAAAUGUAUAGUAUAUUUAUUGUUAUAAKAUUUUUGAAACUAUUUCCUUUUUACAAUAACAAAAAUGUAUUUGUUCACAUAUAAUUAGCUAUGCCUAUUUAUCUAUAAUACAUACCUGUUGCUUACUUUUAAAGUAUCAGUAUCUGCAAAAUAUUUUAAAAUCUCUUGUUGAACAUUUCUAGUACUAKUCGUUACUAAUUUUACUUAGCUCGGAAUUCAUUUGUUUAAAUAGUCACUCAAUCAGUUUUGUUUGUGACAUAAAUCAUUGUAAYGAAACAUGGCACUGGAAAACAUUGUGUUGUUUCUGCUUCUAAGUUGUUAUUGGUCUUUAGAGCUGAUGUAUUACUGUUUAUGAUGCAUCUUGUAUAUGUACAUUUACUAUGAAACUAUA